AGCAGUACAGACACUAUAAGAGGGGUGAGUGGCCCCACCACAGCACCUUUCCUCUGCACAACCAUGCUGGGAGCAGUCUGUCUCGUUGUGCUGCUGGGCUACGCCUACGGAUGCGGUCAGCCGGCCGUGCCGCCACAGCUGAGCUCCCGCGUGGUGGGCGGUGAAGACGCUGUAGCCCACAGCUGGCCAUGGCAGAUCUCUCUGCAGUACAGCCGCUCUGGAUCCUGGAGCCACACUUGUGGUGGGACCCUCAUUGCCCCCCAGUGGGUGCUGACAGCUGCCCACUGCAUCAGCUCUUCAAAGACCUAUCGUGUGGUGCUGGGCAAGCAGGACCUGUCAGAGGCUGACGAGCCUGGUUCUGUAGCCGUGGCUGUGGAGAAGACAAUUGUCCACGAGAAAUGGAACUCCAUCCUUAUCAUCAACGACAUUGCCCUGGUCAAGCUGGCAGAGGAGGUGCAGGAGACUGACACCGUCCGUGCCGCCUGCCUGCCGGCUGCUGGCAAGAUCCUGUCCAACAACUACCCCUGCUAUGUCACCGGCUGGGGACGCGUCAGGACCAACGGGCCCCUGGCUGAUGCCCUGCAGCAGGCUCUGCUGCCCGUGGUGGACUAUGAGACCUGCUCCAAGUGGGACUGGUGGGGCAGCCUUGUGCGUGACACCAUGGUGUGCGCCGGCGGCGACGGCAUCGUCUCUGGAUGCAACGGCGAUUCUGGGGGCCCCCUGAACUGCCAGCGCGACGAUGGGGUCUGGGAGGUCGAGGGCAUUGUCAGCUUUGGCUCCGGCCUGAAAUGCAACAUGAAAAACAAGCCAACAGUCUUCACCAGGGUGUCCGCCUACAUCGACUGGAUCAACGAGAAAAUGAGCGCGAACUGAGGACACAGCAUGGAGCACAAGUACUGACUGUGAUAAAAGCAAUAGUGCUAAGCUGGUCUCGUGUGGUUCUUUCAAGGGGACACGAUGGAGCAGAACCAGGGGGCUGCACCGUGUGGUCCUGGGCUUCUGCCUGUGUGCUGGGGAGAGCCCCCACGUUGUGCAGUGAGGCUGGGCAGGCUCCUGGGGAGCCUAAAGUGGGCAGAGAUCCCCCACAAGUUACUCCCAGCCAUGUAGAUCCAUGGCCAUCACCAAGCCAGAGGGUUCAAACCUCGACUGGUGGUUUGAUGGGAGAGCGGCUGGAAUCUGGCCUGAUGGUCCUGGGGGGGUCUCUAGCGAACUUGGGGAGGGGCUACAGGGCCCUGAGUUGGCCCAAGGAGUUUUUAGGUGUCUUGGCUGGUGCUGGGGUGUUUCAGGGGAUCUUGCUGGUAACUUGAUGGCAGCAGAUUUAUAAUGGGGGUGUUGAGGUAACUGGGUUGGUCCUGGAGGUCAUUCCCCAGCCCCACCACACUUCCUCCACCACCUGUGCUGCCAGAGUGCUCCACUCUGUUCUCAUCUCU